CCUUUCCUCACUCCCCGUCCGUCACUCUCACACUGCAAAUCUUCUCUUCGUUAUCCUUCUGUCCAUGCUCCGGUCUUGGUACCACUAUCCUACACUAACGUGAUACAAUCCUCGAGUGAACCCUCAAGCAUCAACAGUGAUUCCCUUCGCAGGCCCCUUUGUUUCUGCCACUUUCACACUCCUCUGAGAAAUCAUGGGUGGUAUAUGUAGCUCUUGUUGUGGUCCUAGACGGAAAAACAGCUAUGAGCCCUUGUUAUUGGAAAACGAACGAGAAGCAGUCGCAGAUCUCCUCCAAUAUCUCGAAAACCGCUCCACCACAAACUUCUUCUCCGGUAGUCCACUCGCAGCUCUCACCAUACUCUCCUUCUCCGAUAAUGUCGAUCUUCAACGUUCUGCAGCCCUAGCCUUCGCCGAGAUCACAGAGAAAGAAGUUCGGGAAGUGGGAAGAGACACACUUGAUCCUGUUCUUUACCUUCUGACUAGUCAUGAUGCCGAAGUACAACGAGCGGCCAGUGCUGCCCUGGGUAAUCUCGCCGUCAAUCCGGAGAACAAACUCCUCAUCGUCUCCCUAGGCGGGCUCGAACCUCUCAUUCGACAAAUGCUCAGUCCGAAUGUAGAAGUUCAAUGUAAUGCUGUCGGUUGUGUUACAAACCUGGCCACUCAUGAUGAGAAUAAGACCCAAAUCGCCAAAUCUGGUGCUCUUGUGCCUCUCACUCGAUUAGCAAAGUCAAAAGAUAUGCGCGUGCAGCGUAAUGCUACUGGCGCCCUGCUUAACAUGACUCAUUCUGAUGAAAAUCGACAACAGCUCGUCAACGCCGGUGCCAUACCAGUAUUGGUGUCUCUUCUCAACUCUCAGGACACAGAUGUGCAAUACUACUGUACCACAGCCCUCAGCAACAUCGCGGUAGACGGCGCGAACCGCAAAAAGCUGGCGCAGAACGAACCGAAACUUGUGCAGAGCUUGGUGGCUCUCAUGGAUAGUCCAAGUCUCAAAGUUCAAUGUCAAGCUGCCCUCGCCCUCCGUAACCUGGCUAGUGAUGAGAAGUAUCAGCUCGAAAUUGUGAAAGCCGAUGGUUUGAAACCACUACUACGAUUACUUCACUCCUCCUACCUUCCUCUAAUCCUCUCUGCCGCUGCUUGCGUCCGGAACGUUUCCAUCCACCCUCAGAACGAAUCUCCAAUCAUCGACUCUGGUUUCCUCGUCCCUCUCAUCGAGCUUCUCUCUUUUGAUGAGAACGAGGAGGUGCAGUGUCACGCCAUCUCCACCCUGAGAAAUCUCGCCGCUAGCAGCGAACGCAACAAGGGUGCUAUCGUUCAAGCUGGAGCAGUGGAACGGAUCAAGGACCUUGUGCUGCAGGUUCCUCUGGCUGUACAGAGCGAGAUGACCGCUUGUGUCGCCGUUCUCGCCUUGAGUGAUGAUCUCAAACCAACUUUGCUGGAAAUGGGGAUAUGCGAAGUACUGAUACCGCUCACCAACUCGCCCAGCGUCGAAGUGCAGGGUAAUAGUGCAGCCGCCUUGGGCAAUCUGUCCUCAAAGGCUUCAGAGGAUUACGCACCAUUCAACGCCGUGUGGAACAAGCCGGACGGGGGUUUACAUGCGUACCUGGUCAGAUUCUUGUCCAGCCCGGAUAUCACUUUCCAACAUAUCGCUGUUUGGAGAUUGGUACUGCAGCAUCAUAGCUUGGCAACACUACUACGGAUCCUCGUUGACCUUCAGACAAUUGUGCAGUUACUAGAAUCCGAGGAUCCUCAACUGAUCAACAACAUCCGUUCUUCGCCCAUCCUCAUAUCCUCCAUCCGUCAACUGGCCGCUUCUCCCCCACCUUCCCGAUCCGGGAGGAGAGAUACCAACGACACCACUCAGUCAGAGGAUGACUAUGAAGACGACGCGAUGGAUCAGGAUGGGGAAGGAGAGAUUGCAUCUUUGGCGAGAAGAAUCCUGGAUCUUACUGACGAGCGUGAGGAGACUGGGUUCGGUACGACGGGGAGGGAAGGUGGGGAUGGGGAAAGGGAAUUGAGACAGAGCGUCAAAGAUGCUUUCAAAGGGCAACAAUGAUGGUCUCUAUUUUAUCAAUCAUAAAGCCAUCGUUCAUAUAGUUCUCAAUGAUUGGUGGUGCGCUUGGCGGAAUAUAAGAACAGUGGAGGAUGAGAGAGGGGAAGGGCUGAAUUUAUUGGCUUGUUGUGGUAGCUAAUGUACGAAUAAGUAACACCAAAGAGGUUGAUGACAUAUUGACCGUAUUGGUGGUCAUGUAAACAUCUACCCAGUCAGACUCGAUUACAUAGUUUAUGCAUCCGGUCAGUUCCUCC